AUGGUGUCCGUAACAGUGGGGUGGUACGAGCGCGAUGGUCAGCGAGUGGCACAGCUGAUGGUAUUCGGGCCGGACGGUGAUGCAAGCGGAAAUUACAGAAACGAGCCACGCGGCAUGAAGGACAUUCUCAUGGAACGUGGACUGUGGCGCCAGGGACUUCUGAUGAAGUGUGGAGGGGCGAACAAAUGUGCCGAUGAUGCCACAUCUUGUUGUGCAACUCGGAUUCUGUCAGUACAGGAUGACUUCCGCAAGCAGAAGUCACUCGUCGAGGAGAUCCUCAAGGCCGAAGGCAAGUGUCACAUCUGCAUCUUCUUGCUGAAGUACCAUUGCGAGAUCAACUUCAUCGAGUACUUCUGGGGCAUUGUCAAGCGCUGGUUGCGGGAGCACUGUGAUUACAGCUUCGACACAAUCCGGGCCAACAUGCCCACCGCCAUGGCCUCCGUGCCGGUUGAGCUCAUUCGGAAGUGGGAGCAUCGUGCAUGGAGGUUCAUUGAUGCUUAUACGGAAGGUCUAGAUGCGAAGGAUGCUCAAGCAAAGGUGAAGCAGUUCAGUUCUCGUCAGUACAAGUCCCACCGGCGAAUCCCGGAUACCGUUGCGCAGGCGCUUGAUCAGUGA